GGUCGCCCCCAUUGAAACCCCCGCUGGCCGGGGCACCAGAAGUUAGAACCCAGAAGACAGUAGGAGCAGUCUGGUCCAGAUUCCAUUCCUGUGUGGAACCACAACCUGCUGACAGGAUUAUCUAGAUAUCUGCAAGGGACAUAAACCUCUGACAGGAUGUCUGCAGGAGCAUGUGGAUCUUGUUAAACUUCAGUGCCCUGUAUCUGUUCAGAGUUGUCAUGGCACAUUCCUGAGGUUCUUCCUGGAUCUGAGUAAAGUCCUCAGUCACCAGGUGGUCCAAGAUGAUGGCCCCUCCCUAAGAUGGAGUCUGUAAAGUCAAAUCCCGCCUGCUAGCUCCGCCCUAGAGCGCUGGGCUUUCCUCCUGCUCCGAACGUGGCCAACCGCCACCGCGACUCCGUGUGAUGUCAUUUGGGCUUCUGCGUCCUGGCGGCCGGAGGCUGUGGAGUCCCGGGACUGUGUCCAGGCUUCAGAGGGCGGCCGCGAUGCCUUCGUCGCGACUGGUCAGUCAACUCCUGGAACUAUGUCUUCGGUGCCUAAUGAUCAAUAUUUCCAGAUAUAUCUCAGAUAUUAAAUAUUUGCCUCCCAACAUCAAAGAUAGACUUAUUAAAAUAAUGAGCACGCGGGGCCGGAUAACAGAUUCCAAUAUAAAUGAGGUGCUACAUCCUGAAGUCCAAAGACUAGAUCUGAGGAGCUGUGAUAUCUCAGACUUGGCUCUCCAACACCUGUGUAAAUGCAGGAAACUGAAGGCACUAAAUCUAAAAUCCUCCAGGGAACAUAGAAAUAGCAUAACUUCAGAAGGAAUAAAAGCUGUAGCUUCAUCCUGUUCCGACCUUCAUGAAAUCUCUCUGAAAGGAUGUUGCAGUGUCACUGAUGAAGGGGUCCUGGCUCUUGCACUCAAUUGCCAGCUGCUAAAGAUCAUUGAUUUGGGUGGCUGCUUAAGUAUUACUGAUAUGUCCUUACAUGCAUUAGGAAAAAACUGCCAAUUUUUGCAAUGUGUUGACUUUUCAACUACUCAGGUGUCUGACAGUGGUGUGGUUGCGCUUGUUAGUGGACCAUGUGCCAAACAAUUAGAGGAGAUUAACAUGGGCUACUGUAUAAAUCUAACUGAUAAAGCUGUAGAAGCUGUUCUGACUGCCUGUCCUCAGAUAUGUAUACUUCUUUUCCAUGGCUGCCCCCUAAUAACAGAUCAUUCACGAGAAGUCUUGGAGCAAUUAGUAGGAUCAAGAAAACUAAAGCAAGUGACUUGGUCUGUUUAUUGAUCUUUACAGAAGCUGAUCUGAGGGACUUUUCCAGGAUAUGCUCUAUAAAUAUUUGUUUUUCACUUAAUUUAACACUUAUUUAUUAUUUUAUUGUCUUAGUUAAGCUGUAACUCCCAGAGAACCAGUUCAAUCUUAAUGUAAAUGUUUGUGCUUUUAAGUUAACCAGACUCAGCAUUUUAACACUUCUAUUAUCUCAUAUUUGUUCAAUGAGCCAUCUUUUUAUUGUAAUGGUGAUCCUAGUGUGAACUGUACUUGAUGGGAAGGAGGCUGGGUUUGUUUCUUUAAUAACGAAAGUUUCAAAUGAUUUAUUUUCCCUUUAUAGUCCUUUCUCUGGUGUAGGUAUUUGAGCUGUUGUAAGAGACAUUAUGGGUAGAAUUCUAAAUAAAGAUGCUUUAAAAAGCGUAA